CAACAAACUUUAGCAACGACGGAAGUUGUAAUCUUCAAUGUUUGCAGUUUAAGUGUUGAUUGAUGUUUUGAACGUGUGAUUGGAAGUCGUCACGGUAGAUUAUUAUUAAAACAUCCACUGGUCGAUCAACAGGCACAUGGCACGAGAAGGAGACCUGGCUAUAUCUAACAAAGAAUCAAGAUAAAUUGGAAUUCAUCUCCAUGACAACUGUAAAUAUUGAUCGUUUUAAUUGGCCGAUUAUGGAACGUGCAGAUAAGCAAGGCUAUUUCCUGCGAAGAUGUUUAUGACUUGAUGAUUUCUAAGAGGAAAUUAUCAAACAGGUGAAAUAUUUUCAUGAAAGAAUGAAAUUAUGUUUUUAAAAACAUAAUUUGGUAAAAACAGAGACCAAUAAGGAUUGUGCAAUUAUCCACUUUAAGAAUUAUUAGAACAUGACGUCUGCUUGUGAAGAUGACUGUUAAAGGGAUUUUAUAAGAUUGUUAUUAGAAUCAUUUGGAAAACAGAAGAUAACAUUUCUACAAGAAAACAAGCAUGGAAUUUGUGAUUGACAAAAAGGAAUGAACUUUUAUUAUAUACAUAUAUGAUACAUAUCAAUUUUAAAGAUUUUAUACAAAUUUUAAAGGAUUCAUAUAAAAAUGGAGAAGUUAAUUAGUUGUGUCCAAAUUUGUGUAUUGUUUACUUGUAUUAACUUAGUGGUACCCUACAAUACUUUGCAUCGGUCAUAUGAUUUGAACCCAACCACUGAUACAUUCAUUGACGAUAAUAUCAGCGAAAAUUAUAGUAAAGACUAUCUUCAGCUAUACUGGCGCUCUGCAUUUGACCAGAGUCGAAUAUUAAUGAGGUUCGACAUCGACAAAUUCAAGAAAUUAAGUAAGUGGGGCUUGUUGGACUCAACGAGCCUCAGUAAUACCACCCUACUCAGUGCCAAAUUGAGGCUGACUUGUAUAGCAGGAAGCUUAGAUAAUGUUGUACAUGCAUCAAGAAUUGUUCGUUCAUGGUCAGCGGAAGCUGUUACCUCUACCACUAGAGGCGAAAAAGGUGAACUAUGGUCGAUGACCUUCGUAGAAACUAGAGGAGAAGAUGCGACCUCUGCAAUUGAGAGUAAAACUUUGACUGUAGACGCCAAAUUGACUGCUGAAAAUGUUGUGUUCGAAAUAGAUAUGAAGGAAAUAUUUGAGCAUUGGUUAGAAAAUACAGCGUCAAAUCAUGGUCUUCUUUUAUGGUUACAGAAUACAACAUCAUCAGGCGCCAAUGACAUUGUGAAAUUUGCCUCCACUGAAUAUGCUCUAGUAUCCUUCCACCCAGUUAUAAAUGUAGUUCUUGAAGAUGAGGUUUUCAUUAAAGGCAAUUGUACCAGAAAUGAUUUUCAAUGUGGUGAUGGAAGUUGUAUACCAAACGAUAAACUCUGCAAUUUUAUCAACGAUUGUUUGCAUGCAACAGAUGAAACUACUUGUGGUAUUGAUUGUGGUUUUGAAACACCAUGUGGAUGGGUUUCAUCAACAAGUGAAGGAACAAUAGGAUGGAAGAUAGGCUCAAUAGAAAUAUUAAAUGAAGAUUUUUACAUGUACGUGAAUGGAUCACAAGAGCCCAGUGGGACGGUGUCUGACCUGUCACAUGAAUUCCGAGACAGCAAUUACAGGUGCCAGUUGCACUUCAAUUAUUUUAUGAGCGGCAGGGAUGUUGAUUCCUUAGGGGUUGAUAUCGCAUAUAAUGGAGUUCAGUAUACGGUUUGGACCAAGGCUGGUGGAGACUACAGAGACACUUGGCAAGGUGAUGUGUUGAACAUAGGCAAACUAGAGGGCGCUUUUGAGGUAAUCUUUCGAGCAGGGACAGGAGGGACCAAAACUGAUAUAAUUGCAAUUGAUAAUAUCAGUUUAAAAGAUUGUGGUCCAGAUCCUGAAAAUAUAACACAAAACUGUGGCACGUCACAGCUGACUUGUGGUAACCACCAAUGCGUAAGCCCGAGCAAAGUUUGCGACUUCCAAAAGGACUGUCUUUUUGGAGAAGAUGAAGACUCCAGUACUUGUGGAAUAAUGCCAGAAGGAUCACGCUGUAAUUUUGAAGACGGGUUGUGUGGCUGGUGGGAUAUAGUUGGUGAGGACAAUUUUAACUGGACACGUCACCAUGGGUCAACAAAAUCUUCAGGUACAGGACCAAGUGCUGAUCACACUCUGGGAACACAAUCAGGGUUUUACAUAUAUACAGAAGCAUCGAAUCAGGAUCCUCGGGCUAAAGCAUACAUACGCAGUCCCUGGUUUCCACCUCCCCCUCCUGAAGUUGGAGACCAGUAUUCAGAAUACUACCAGAUGUGUCAGAUUCGUUUUUACCAUCACAUGUUCGGUGAACACAAUGCGGAGUUGAAACUGUUUGUUUACCACAAUUAUACGAGAGAGACAGUAAACCAACUGUUUUCUGAAAUAACCUCAAAUACUGAAGUUCCUUGGACUUUGUUUAAAACACCUCUUCAGUACACCACUGUGAGCUAUUAUUUGCAAUUUGAGGUUACCAGGGGAUUUCGCUAUCGUGGAGAUAUAGCAUUAGACGAUAUUUCUUUAAGCAGAGAAUGCUUCACCCUAGAUCAUCUGCAACAGAAGACGACAGAGGUCCCUACAAGCAUUGUCACUGUAACUGACGCAGUUGAUAGAGGGACUACUAGUUUACACAGUACUGAAGCUUUACAUCAGGAUGAACUCACUGAUCUGGAACAGGUCGCUACUUCCUUGAGCCUGCAACUCAGUAAUUCCUCCAAACCUCCAACAAGGAUCCCAAUUGGCCAAACAGUGCAGGCAACAAACAGCACCCAGUUUAAGUUCAGCACAUGUGGAGCGGUAGGUCGUUUUGGACCAACACAAAAUGACUGCGACAAGGCUUACCAACAUUCAGAUGUUUUUGUCCAACUGGAGGAUUCAGGGGAUGAGUUUAUUGCCGGCGUACAAAUGUGGAUUGUUCCCGUCAGUAGACUAUACAGAAUUACUGCUAAAGGAGCCAGUGGAGGGCGUGGCAUUGAAAGUACCCAGCUCACAAGCUUAUAUCAGAUCACUGCAAGGAACUUGAUAAUGUUACACGGCAACGAUAUGGACCUGAUGGCCACUCAGCUGGAGGAGGGGGAGGAGGAGGCGGAGCAUCUUACAUUGCUAUGUUUAACAAGACGAGUAGGGAGUGGUACCCUUUGUUGGUUGCCGGUGGUGGGGGCGGCCUUGGCUUGUCUGAUCAGAAGUUACAGGAUGGUAAAAAUGCUGGAAUACUCGAUGCCGGCCUUGGCAUCAAUGGAGUUAUGAACUAUAAUGCAUCUGAUACGUCAGGGUCUGGUGGAGGUUGGAAUGAUAGUGCAAGUUAUCGGACGUCUGGGAGCUCAUUUUUCCAAGGAGCAACGGGAGGACAGUCGUGCAUUGCUGCAUUUUACGAUAAUCGAUGGACUACAAGUGGUGGCUUUGGUGGGGGUGGGGGACCAUGUGUGUCUGGGGGAGGUGGCGGUGGUUACACAGGUGGUAGUGCAAGCUUGACCAAAGAUAUGAAGGCUUAUGGAUUUGGUGGAACAUCUUAUACAAGUUCUGAAGCAAUGUUGGUUUAUCAAGAAAUAGGGAAUCAUGGUGAUGGUGCUGUCCAAGUUUCUGCAACAGUGUCAUGUGACCUACUGGAGAAUUUAUCACCUGAUUUUUUAGGAUGUGUGUCACCAACUACUCCUUCACCGCCAGCCAAAUCUAGCUCGAUUAAAUCCGCAAUAAUUGUUGCCAUAUCAAUAGUGGUUGUUCUACUACUAAGUUUUAUUUUACUGCUAAUAAUAUAUUUUUACCGGCGUCAGUCAAAGAAAUUGAAAAAUAUUGAAGAACAGAUUCCGGCAGUACAGCUAGCCAAGCUGCGUGAGAACAUAUCAGUGGACGUGAAUCCAUGUUACUUGUUGGGUGAUGGGACAGUGAGCGCUAGCGAUCUUAAAGAGCUCCCUCGCAAUCAGAUCAAAUUAGUGAGGGCAUUAGGUGAAGGGGCAUUUGGAGAAGUGUUUGAAGGCACAUACAAAGUAAACAGUUUUGAAUCAAAACAAAUUGCAGUCAAAACAUUACCAGAGAUAUGUACGGAACAGAACGAAAAGGACUUCUUACUAGAAGCAAUGAUCAUGAAUAACUUCAAUCAUCCAAACAUAGUUAAAUUCAUCGGUGUUUGCUUCACCCAGCAUCCACGCUUCAUCAUCUUAGAGCUAAUGGCCGGUGGUGAACUCAAGCAAUUUCUACGAGAUAACCGGCCUGUUCAGAAUCAACCCAGUAAAAUCAAAAUGCUAGAUCUGCUUCAUAUAGCAAAAGACGUAGCCCAAGGAUGCUGUUACCUGGAGAGUAAGAAGUUCAUUCACAGGGACAUUGCAGCACGGAACAUCCUGCUCUCCACUCACAGCGCUGAUAGAGUUGCGAAGAUUGGAGAUUUUGGAAUGGCUAGAGAUAUAUAUGGAGCUGACUACUAUCGCAAGUCAGGCCGAGCAUUGCUUCCUGUGAAGUGGAUGCCUCCGGAAGCAUUCCUUGAUGGGAUCUUCACAGCCAAGACUGAUAUUUGGUCAUUUGGUGUCCUCCUGUGGGAGAUUAUGUCUCUGGGAUAUAUGCCAUAUCCAGGAAUGAGUAACCAAGAAGUGAUCCAGUUUGUAUCCACUGGUAACCGCAUGAGCCCACCGAGUAAAUGUCCACCGCAAGUGUAA